UUCCGACAGUUUCCGUCGUGCCGAGUCUAGCUCUUACGUUUUUUUUUUUUAAGAUUGUUUUAAUUCACUCUUCUCAUCUACAACAGCGACAUGAGAGUGAGUGAGGUCCACGCAGCAGAGUCUGUCGCCUACCUGAACAGGGCGCUGGUCAAGCUGCAGGAUAUUUGGGAGGAAAUAGGGAUCCCAGAAGAACAGCGGGUUAAAAGAACCAGUGAUGUUCAUAAACACAUUAAAAGCUUGCUGGACUUGAUGAUUGAAGAAGAGGAGCAGCUCAAGAAGCAUUUACUCUUAAACAUUGAGAAAUGCCGCAAAGAGCUUGCUAUUUUGUGCAGUGAACUGCAGUGCCCCCCAUUUAAGGAGGGAGAUGGCCGCACUAUUCUACAGCUGGAAAAGGAAAGCCGGACCCAUCUCGAGAUGUUGGAAAAACACAAGCAAGAAAGACUGAAGGAGCUCAAAGACUUGGCUGACAAAGACCACGAACUGUGUGACAUUAUGUGCACGACUCCCUUUAGCAUUGACAAGAGCGCCGUCCCAUCAGUGAAGCAGCUCGAGAGCUUUCGCAUCUACAUCGAUGAUCUCAUCAAAGAGAAGGACCGUCGUCAUGAUGAAUUUGUGAGCAUCAGGAAGCAGGUCCUCGUUUGCAUGGAUGAGCUGGAGCAGCAGCCAGAGACCAGUUUUGAAACGGAUGUGGUCUGUGAGGACGAGGAGGCUUUUUGCUUGUCGAAUGAAAACAUUGCUGAUGUCAAACUUCUCCUCAGUCGGUUACAAGAGCGCAAGGCAGAGAACGAGUUCCUUUGUUCAGAUUUCCGCACAAAGAUCAAGGAGCUGUGGGAGAGACUUCAGAUUCCUCAGGAUGAGAGGAAAGACUUGUCGGAGCAUAUGGUCAACUCGAAAAAAAAGAAUAUUGAAGCACUGCAGACAGAGCUCCAGCGCCUAGAGUUGCUGAAAAUCCAGAGCAUGAAAAGUGUCAUCGAGUCCAUCAGAGCAGAAAUUGCUCUUUUGUGGAACAAAUGCUUCUUCAGCAGUGAACAGCAGGAAGCUUUUCUAGUGUAUCAUAAUGAUGAUUUCACUGAGGAGCUUCUCAAUCUGCACGAGACAGAGGUCCGGCGUCUGAAGAAAUACUACGAGGACCACGAGGAACUCUUUGAGGGAGUCACAAAAUGGCAGGAUUCUUGGACCUUGUACUUGGAGCUUGAUAAAAAAGCUAAUGACCCUUCAAGGUUCAACAACAGAGGGGGGAACCUUCUGAAAGAAGAGAAACAAAGAGCUGACCUGCAGAAAACUUUGCCCAAGUUGGAGAAGAGUUUGAAGUCCCAGAUCGACGCUUGGGAGCAGGAGAACGGCAAAGAGUUCUCCGUGAACGGACAACAGUUUCUUGAAUAUGUGCAGCAGCAGUGGGAGAAGCACCACGAGGAAAAGGAGAGGGAAAAACUCGAACGACAACAGAAAAAAAGUAAACAAACACAAGAGGAAAUGUUUUAUGGCACGAGAACACCAUCAAAACGGCGACCGCCAGGACCUACUACACCUGCAAAACUAAGAAAGUUCAACGGCACCUCGACUGUCUCCACACCGAACAGCUUUCUGAGUUCAGGCCUCGGUGGAACCAUGAGUCAGUCCUAUAUGCAGAAACCACCUUUGUCUGCCAGCAAAGGUCUUGGUCUGUGGACUUCAGGACGUGGAAGGAUGCCCCGUGCACUCGAGCGGAACAAGGAGAACAUCUCUCAUGUUAACAGGAACAUUCCCUGUGGCACUCCAAAACCUCAGGAUCUCACCUUUAACUCUGUUGCCGGCUCCUAUUCAGAUUUCGCGAAGGAUCUCGCAAAAGCCUCCAAAUCCAACGUGACACCUGGACUGCUGAACUCCACCAUCAGUAAUCAGUGA